AUGGAGAGCCUGAGCGAGCUCCAGAACCCGCUCCUGGACAAGAACAGCAAGCACGUCGUCAACGGUUACGGGGGUGACUUCCCUAACAACCAGUACCAGGAGAAUAUCAUCAACUACUUCGUAACCGGCGGCAACGGAGGAGGUGGAGGAGGAGGUAACACUAACAGCGGUGCGGUGGCCCACAUGGGACACAAUAACAGCAACGGCAAAAUGAAAGCUCAACAACUCCUCGACGCCACCUCCCUCCAUCUGGCCGUCGAGGCCUUCUACAGACCUAACUUCAUCCUGUACAAGGAGGAUGGGGGAGGCGGCGGCGUCAAGGCCAAGGAUUAUAAGAGCGAGUGCUGCGAGACUACCUUCACAGAGAAGAAAGAGAGGGAGAGGGAGGCGUCUGUAGCGGUGGAGACCCCCGGAAGCACAGAGGACCCUCAGGCCAAGCUGCUGGAGGACGGAGAAAACGUUAAGAUACAGACUGUCUCCUACGAGGUGGAGGAGGAGGAGUAUGUGGAGUAUGAGGUAAGACCAGAGCUUUACUGUAGAUAAUGUGACCAUGAUAGACAGUAGAGGAGUAUGAGGUAAGACCAGAGCUAUACUGUAGAUAAUGUGACCAUGAUAAGACAGUAGAGGAGUAUGAGGUAAGACCAGAUCUUUACUGUAGCUAAUGUGACCAUGAUAGACAGUAGAGGAGUAUGAGGUAAGACCAGAGCCAUACUGUAGAUAAUGUGACCAUGAUAGACAGUAGAGGAGUAUGAGGUAAGACCAGAGCUUUACUGUAGCUAAUGUGACCAUGAUAGACAGUAGAGGAGUAUGAGGUAAGACCAGAGCUUUACUGUAGCUAAUGUGACCAUGAUAGACAGUAGAGGAGUAUGAGGUAAGACCAGAGCUUUACUGUAGCUAAUGUGACCAUGAUAGACAGUAGAGGAGUAUGAGGUAAGACCAGAGCUAUACUGUAGCUAAUGUGACCAUGAUAGACAGUAGAGGAGUAUGAGGUAAGACCAGAGCUUUACUGUAGAUAAUGUGACCAUGAUAGACAGUAGAGGAGUAUGAGGUAAGACCAGAGCUAUACUGUAGCUAAUGUGACCAUGAUAGACAGUAGAGGAGUAUGAGGUAAGACCAGAGCCAUACUGUAGCUAAUGUGACCAUGAUAGACAGUAGAGGAGUAUGAGGUAAGACCAGAGCUUUACUGUAGCUAAUGUGACCAUGAUAAGACAGUAGAGGAGUAUGAGGUAAGACCAGAGCUUUACUGUAGCUAAUGUGACCAUGAUAAGACAGUAGAGGAGUAUGAGGUAAGACCAGAGCUUUACUGUAGCUAAUGUGACCAUGAUAAGACAGUAGAGGAGUAUGAGGUAAGACCAGAGCUUUACUGUAGCUAAUGUGACCAUGAUAGACAGUAGAGGAGUAUGAGGUAAGACCAGAGCUUUACUGUAGCUAAUGUGACCAUGAUAGACAGUAGAGGAGUAUGAGGUAAGACCAGAGCCAUACUGUAGACAGUAGGUAGGGUAUAUGGAGUAUAAGGUAAGGAUAAAGAAAUACCUGCACACUGGUGUAUCCUCCUGUAGUUUAUUGCAACACAUACACUACCAGUCAAAGGUUUGGACACACCUACACAUUCAAGGGUUUUUCUUUAUUUGUUCUAUUUUAUUUAUAUUGUAGAAUAAUAGUGAAGACAUCAAAACUAUGAAAUAACACAUAUGGAAUCAUGUAGUAACCAAAAAAGUGUUAAACAAAUCAAAAUAUAUUUUAUAUUUGAGAUUCUUCAAAUAGGCACCCUUUGCCUUGAUGACAGCUUUGCGCACUCUUGGCAUUCUCUCAACCAGCUUCAUGAGGUAGUCACCUGGAAUGCAUUUCAAUUAACAGGUGUGCCUUCUUAAAAGUUAAUUUGUGGAAUUUCUUUCCCUCUUAAUGCGUUUGAGCCAAUCAGUUGUGUUGUGACAAGGUAGGGGGGUAUACAGAAGAUAGCCGUCUGUCAUUACUUUAAGACACGAAUCUCAGUCAAUACGGACAAAUUCAAGAACUUUGAAAGUUUUUUCAAGUGCAGUCGCAAAAACCAUCAAGCGCUAUGAUGAAACUGGCUCUCAUAAGGACCGCCACAGGAAUGGAAGACCCAGAGAUACCUCUGCUGCAGAGGAUAAGUUCAUUAGUGUUACCAGCCUCAGAAAUUGCAGCCCAAAUAAAUGCUUCACAGAGUUCAAGUCACAGACACAUCUCAACAUCAACUGUUCAGAGGGGACUCUGUGAAUCAGGCCUUCAUGGACUAAAGGACACCAAUAAUAAGAAGAGACCUGCUUGGGCCAAGAAACAUGAGCAAUGGACAUUAGACCGGUGAAAAUGUGUCCUUUGGUCUGGAGUCCAAAUUUUUGAUUUUUGGUUCCAACCGCCGUCUCUUUGUGAGACGCGGUGUGGGUGAACGGAUGAUCUCUGCAUGUGUAGUUCCCAUCGUGAAGCAUGGAGGAGGAGGUGUGAUGGUGUGGGAGUGCUUUGCUGGUGACACUGUCUGUGAUUUAUUUAGAAUUCAAGGCACACUUAACCAGUGAUACGCCAUCCCAUCUGGUUUGGCCUUAGUAGGACUAUCAUUUGUUUUUCAACAGGACAAUGACCCAACACACCUCCAGGCUGUGUAAGGGCUAUUCUACCAAGAAGCAGAGGGAUGGAGUGCUGCAUCAGAUGACCUGGCCUCCACAAUCCCCCGACCUCAACCCAAUUGAGAUGGUUUGGGAUGAGUCAGACCACAGAGUGAAGGAAAAGCAGCCAACAAGUGCUCAGCAUAUGUGGGAACUCCUUCAAGACUGUUGGAAAAGCAUUCCAGGUGAAACUGGUUGAGAGAAUGCCAAGAGUGUGCAAAGCUGUCAUCAAGGCAAAGGGUGGCUAUUUGAAGAAUUUCAAAUAUAAAAUAUAUUUUGAUUUGUUUAACACUUUUUUGGUUACUACAUGAUUCCAUAUGUGUUAUUUCAUUUCUACAAUGCAGAAAAUAGUCAAAAUAAAGUAAAACCAUUGAAUGAGUAGGUGUGUCCAAACUUUUGAUUGGUCCUGUAUUUCUUCCUUCUAAAAUACAUUUGUUUGUCCCUUGCACCUGGACUAUUGUUGGAUGUACUCACUGUGGCUCUGGCAGUAGCUGGGCGAACCAGUGGGAUUGGUUAAGGUUGGGCGAUAGUGCAGAGCACUGGGCAGUAUUCCAGGGAAGAGGGACUCUCUCGCUCUCUCUCUCUCUCGCUCUCUCUCUCUCUCUCUCACGCUGACUGACUGGCUCUCUCUCUCUCUCUCUCUCUGACUGACUGACUGACUCUCUCUCUCUCUCUCUCUCUUAACUCAGAAAGCAUUAAUAAUAGAAGGUGUAGCAAAACAUUGUGUCUUAUAACAAGCUGCUUUCCAGCAUCUUCUUCCAAGUAGUGGACCAAUGAUAUUACAGCUACCGGGCGCUUGACCAAUGAUAUUGCAGCCAUACUCCACGUUUAGACUGGGGUUCUCACCACUCUGCUCUCUACCUAUGCUGUGUACAGUGAAGGAAAAAAGUAUUUGAUCCCCUAAUGAUUUUGUACGUUUGCCCACUGACAAAGACAUGAUCAGUCUAUAAUUUUAAUGGUAGGUUUAUUUGAACAGUGAGAGACAGAAUAACAACAAAGAAAUCCAGAAAAAUGCAUGUCAAAAAUGUUAUAAAUUGAUUUGCAUUUUAAUGAGGGAAAUAAGUAUUUGAUCCCCUCUCAAUCAGAAAGAUUUCUGGCUCCCAGGUGUCUUUUAUACAGGUAUCGAGCUGAGAUUAGGAGCACACUCUUAAAGGGAGUGCUCCUAAUCUCAGUUUGUUACCUGUAUAAAAGACACCUGUCCACAGAAGCAAUCAAUCAAUCAGAUUCCAAACUCUCCACCAUGGCCAAGACCAAAGAGCUCUCCAAGGAUGUCAGGGACAAGAUUAUAGACCUACACAAGGCUGGAAUGGGCUACAAGACCAUCGCCAAGCAGCUUGGUGAGAAGGUGACAACAGUUGGUGCGAUUAUUCGCAAAUGGAAGAAACACAAAAUAACUAUCAAUCUCCCUCGGCCUGGGGCUCCAUGCAAGAUCUCACCUCGUGGAGUUGCAAUGAUCAUGAGAACGGUAAGGAAUCAGCCCAGAACUACACGGGAGGAUCUUGUCAAUGAUCUCAAGGCAGCUGGGACCAUUGUCACCAAGAAAACAAUUGGUAACACACUACGCCGUGAAGGACUGAAAUCCUGCAGCGCCCGCUAAGGUCCCCCUGCUCAAGAAAGCACAUAUACAGGCCCGUCUGAAGUUUGCCAAUGAACAUCUGAAUGAUUCAGAGGAGAACUCUGUGAAAGUGUUGUGGUCAGAUGAGACCAAAAUCGAGCUCUUUGGCAUCAACUCAACUCUCCGUGUUUGGAGGAGGAGGAAUGCUGCCUAUGUGCUUAGGGUCGUUGUCCUGUUGGAAGGUGAACCUUCGCCCCGGUCUGAGGUCCUGAUCGCUCUGGAGCAGGUUUUCAUCAAGGAUCUCUCUGUACUUUGCUCCGUUCAUCUUUUCCUCGAUCCUAACUAGUCUCCCAGUCCCUGACACCAAAAAAUGCAAUCUUGGUUUCAUCAGACCAGAGAAUCUUGUUUCUCGUGGUUUGAGAGUCUUUAGGUGCCUUUUGGCAAACUCCAAGCGGGUUGUCAUGUGCCUUUUACUGAGGAGUGGCUUCUGUCUGGUAAAUUUACUAUAAAGGCCUGAUUGGUGGAGUGCUGCAGAGAUGGUUGUCCUUCUGGAAAGUUCUCCCAUCUCCACAGAGGAACUCUAGAGCUCUGUCAGAGUGACCAUCGGUUCAGUUUGGCCGGGCGACUUCUUCUAUUUAAGAAUGAUGGAGGCCACUGUUUUCUUGGAGACCCUCAAUGCUCCAGAAUUUUUUUGGUACCCUUCCCCAGAUUUGUGCCUCAACACAGUCCUGUCUCUGAGCUCUACGGACAAUUCCUUCGACCUCAUGUCUUGGUUUUUGCUCUUACAUGCACUGUCAACUGUGGGACCUAUAUAGACAGGUGUGUGCUUUUCCAAAUCAUGUCCAAUCUAUUGAAUUUACCACAGGUGGACUCCAAUCAAGUUGUAGAAACAUCUCAAGGAUGAUCAAUGGAAACAGGAUGCACCUGAGCUCAAUUUGAGUCUUUUUCUUUGUCAUUAUGUGGUAUUGUGUGUAGAUUGCUGAGGAAAUUGUUUUAUUUAAUCAAUUUUAGAAUAAGGCUGUAAUGUAAAAAAUUUGGAAAAAGUCAAGGGGUCUGAAUACUUUCCGAAGGCACUGUAGGUAGGUUGUUGAAUUUGUCAUUAUGUCUGUCACGGAUUCAAUCCAUACAUUACCAUUGAUGUUCUCAGUUCUUACCCGCCCUAUGUAGAUCAACGUCCGGCUCAAGUCACCCAUGAUUGUCCAGUCUUGUAGUCCUGACAUCCUCUACUCUAUUUCACAGGGAUUUUAG